AAGUAACAAAGCGUUCGUGAAAGUACGUUCGCCAAGUUCAAGGACACGCACGUAGAGCGUGCGAUAGCAGCAGAUCAGCAACAGAAUUUUUAUACAAAAACAACGAAUAAGUGAAUAUUGUGUUAGGAAAUUAACGACGCAGUACACAACGAAAGUAAUAACAAGAGUUUCAGCAACAGCAACAGCAACAACAACAAUAAUAAAAACUUAACAACAAAAACUCACAAAAACAAAUAAAUAUCUCAACAACACCAACAACAUUAAACGCGUGCAUGUAAUUCGAAUUUUCACCGUACAGUGACCUGUAAUUAUAAAAAAAAAGUUCAACUCAUAUCAAACUUGCAACUACCCUCCAGACAGCAGAGCACCCCACUUGUGCGCCCCCUGAAAAUAUACAACAACAACAAGCAAUAAGAAAAUUUACACAAACAAACAAAUUUUGUGUACGUGUGCGACUGCUUUUUCUGAAUUUGCGCGAAGUAACUGUGCUUUCGCAUAUAUAGAGACAACCCUGUCGGUAUUAUUGUGCGCGCGUCUGUGUGUGUGUGUUUGCAUGACUCCCACGUGGGCGCAAGGACAAACAUCACAUAACACAGGAUCAUUCAACUUGUAACAGCACAAUUGCGAAAAUUUCAACAAGUAUUCUUUUUUAUUGCUUUGGAGAAAAGACAACAACAUUCCACACCCGCGCCGCCAAACUGCUGUCAUUGUCAACGCCGUUGCAAUUGGCUAGCAGCCUUCUUCGACGUUUUUGUUUUAUUCUGAAACCCCAGACUGAGGGUCAGCUGCUGUGUGGCAAGUAAAUUGCGUAGCAAUAUUGCCUCUUCCUCUCCGGUUAGCUGGCGUGUGUACCAAAUAUAGUGCAGGCGCAAAAAAAGCCCGAAAAGCGCUUUUAAUUAAUUGUGGGCUAAUUGCGAUUUAACGGUGCGAGGCAUAAAGAGAACGUUUGUGUGCACCAAAAACAACAAAUAAAUAUUUAUAACAGCAACAACAGUAAAUCCAUAAAGCAAUUUGUGGUGCAAAAACGACUGCAGUAAAAGCCAGAAACAAAUAAACAUUGCGACAACUUAAAUCGGGACAGAUUCGGAACCCCCCCGAAGAACAGAAAAUUAUUACAUAACCACAUAUUUAUAGUUUAUAUCAAAUCCGACUAAAUUAAAGCAGAAAAGUCAAAGCACCAACGCACAAAUUAACCUCAAAUUCAAGGCAACGCGCCGCGGCGACUGCGUCGACGUCGCCGUCGACACUGAAAGUUGAUUGUCACAGUUAGACUGUGAAAUUUCACACACUUUUCGGGGGUCGGAGGGUAGGGGUGACAAGUGGGUGCCAGAGUCCUGCGCACACACAACGUUAAAUAACUACGCUAGUAUUACCGUUAGCGCUAGCUGCACAACGGCUCAACAUGAUAUCGAACAAGAAAUCGUACGCCAUGAAGAUGCUGCAGUUAGCAUUGGCCCUGAGCCUGCUGCACGUGGAUCCGGAUAAUUUCCUGCAGCAACGCCUGCGCAAUUGGGAUUCACAGCUGGAGUUGCGUGAUGGCGAUGGCUGGGAAUUGGAAAUGUUGCGCGCCGUGCCGAUGGUGGAGUAUCCGUAUGCGAAUCGCAAAACUAUGAUGCCACUCAUAGAAGAUCUAAUACGGUAUGAUCGCCAACAUGACGCCACACCGCCGCAAUAUAACGUGACCGCUUACAUGUUGAAUGUGCAAAAUGAUGGUGGCACCAAUCAGACCGCCACCCUACCGGAAUUGCAGGCAACAACCAGUUCGACGACGAGCACCGCUAGUAGUGUGAAUGUGGCCGGUGCUGCGGCCUUGGAACAGGCCGCUAAUGCAGCAGCGGCUGCUGCGGCGGCCAGCACGAAUGCCAGCAAUAUGGGUUUGCCCGCUUCGGAGUUGGAUGUGUUUCUCAAUUCGGAGAACUUUCAAGAUCAGCGUUCGGUGUGGGAGCAAAACUUGGCCGAUUUGCGUGACUUUGGCGAUUUGGCCGUCAACAAUCCCUACGCUGGAUUGCCGCUCAAAGAUGAGCCGCACAACAACACCUAUAUUGAUGUUAAUUUGGAUAUGUUUUUUCCGAGUUUUGCAAGCGCAGUGGCGGGCGGUGUUGCGGUUAAGGAGGAAACAGUUGGCGCAGGCGCAUUAAAUGAUACUUUUCCCGAACCGGCCGAUAUUGCUAGCAUUAAAACCGAACAACUCGACAAAGAGGAGGAGGAAUUUGUGGUAGAAAAUGAAGUGGCCACCGCCUCAAGUACCAGCGACGAAGCAGCGCCGAAGAUUAAGAAAGAAACGGAAAGUGGCGAGGAUAAUGGGCAAGCGCCAGCGAGUGAAGAAUUCGAUUUGAGCCCAUUUAUCAGCCAAUUGGAUUUAUUUAAAGAGGUAAAAAAAUAA